AUGCAUCUCGUUCGGUGAGUAUUCAGCCCGGAUGAACCGAAUGGACAGUAGACUCAGCAAUGGCGAAGAAAUCGCUUCACGCACGGUUUCCCUGGCAGAGCGUACUGAGCGGGCUUGCCAUUCGGUUAGACGCAAAGUUGCGAUAAAUUUGGGACGCUUCGUGAUGUUGGCGUCGGAGCAGCUCGAAAUCUUCCAGCUGACAAACUCGCCGUCUGUCACUCUGACAUCUUCACAGCUUCUUGAUGAAGCUCAACAAUGAGAGUGUCACAAUUGAGCUCAAGAACGGCACGGUAGUUCACGGCACAGUCACAGGUUAGUGUGUCGGCCUCGCCGCGAUGCCAUUCGCAAGUCUCACAAGCUCACUGGGCCUAUUGCUGCACCCUUAUCAGGUGUCGAUCCCCAGAUGAACACGCACCUCAAGACGGUCAAGAUGACAGUCAAAGGUCGCGAUGCCAUCUCUCUCGACACGCUUUCUAUCCGCGGCAACAACACCCGCUACUGGAUCUUGCCCGACUCUCUUCCCUUGGAUGUGCUCUUGGUGGACGAUGCCCCCAAGCCUAAGGGUGGCAGAAAGCCCGGCGCUGGACGAGGGGCUGCCGAUAGGGGUAGAGGUAGAGGAGGACCUCGCGGGAGAGGAAGAGGGCGCGGAAGAGGCUUCUAG